AUUAUGGAAUCGCUCCUUUUUUUUUCCGCAAAAGAAGGAGAUCGAUUCCAUGCGGAUGGUUACGACGGCCGGGGAGAGAGAAGUACAGCAUUAAUACUGUUCCUUGACUUCAACCAGAGCUUGUUUCAAGAUGGGUUUAAUGAGUAAUACCAAAACACAUGCCAAGAUGGCCCAGAUGAUCACAAACCAUCACAAGAAGCUAAGUAUGGUUUGUUACGUAGCUGGUAUAGCUUACUUCUUUGCAUUGGCCUACCCGCCACUCAAUGCUCAUACUUACUUUUCGGAAAACGCUCUUCUACCAGGACUUGUGGAGAGAGAAUUUUCUACUGAUGAGAAUGCCAAAAUGUAUACCAAAGAACUUCUAGAGGUCAUUAAGAAGCAUGAUUCACUGCCUGUUGACUGGCUCUCUGACAAAUUUUCCGAAAUUGGUCUGGAGGUGUAUCUGCAAAACUUUACAUCAAAUCAUCCAUUCCUGGAGAGAUAUGGAAAGGAUAGUGGGAAGAUGAAAAUUGUUGAAGGAAACAAUGUGUACGGUAUUUUGAGAGCUCCUCGCAUAGCUAGCACAGAAGCAGUUGUGGUGACAGUUCCAUACCGAGGAAGGAUUGCAGAGCAUAAGUACGGUGCUACUAACCAUGGCAUAGCUAUGAUGCUUGCGAUGGCCAAGUUUUUCAGAGGAUUCACAUAUUGGUCAAAGGAUGUCAUUUUUGUUGUUGUUGAUGAAGAAUACAUUGGGAUGGAGGCUUGGCUAACUGCCUACCAUAGCCUGCCAUCGGAAUACAUUCAGUCAUCACCAAUGAUCGGACGGAGCGGUCCAAUCAUGGGUGCAGUAAAUCUUGAGCAGGGUUCAGAAUUUAUAGACUCGGUAGAUAUUCGGAUUGAAGGGGUGAACGGACAGUUGCCAAAUUUGGACCUUUUUAACCUGGUAGUCAACCUUUGUGAGCGUGAAGGAAUCCCAGUUACAUUUCAAGGUAAUAGUGACCCUCCAUAUAGGGGAACUACCUGGGGAAGUCUGAAGAAAAGCUUGGACACAAUGAUGAAAAACCUUGCUCACCAAGCUACUGGCAGACCAAGAGGCCUUCAUGGUUUAUUCCUCAAAUAUCGUGUGGAGGCCAUCACUGUCCACACCAAAAUGUCACCAGUGCAGUCCGGUCAGAACUUUCGCGCAAUGGGAAGAAUUUUAGAAGGCAUUUUUCGGAGUCUGAAUAACCUUCUUGAACGUUUUCAUCAGUCAUUCUUCUUCUACUUUCUGGCAGCAACCCAUAGAUACAUAUCAAUUGGACUUUAUAUGCCACCAUUCGGACUUGUUAUUGCUCCAUCAGUGUUCCAUGGUCUGGCGAUGUGGAUUGCUUCUGGAAACUCUCUAGAUGAGGAGGACAAGCUCAAGGAAAAACCAAAGCAGAAACUAAAGAUUAGGGAGUCUAGGCCUUUUGCUUCUAUUGUACCUAUUAUUAUUGGUGCAUACAUCACAGGGAUGUUGCUGCACUAUAGUCCUGUGCUUUUUACUAGUAAAUAUAGUAGCUUGUUUGGGCUUACCCCAACAGAAGCAGUGCCCCUGGGGGUGGUAGCAUUUUACUUAGGAUCAGCAUUUCUGCCGAUUAUUAGUGGUCGUAGUUGGCAUAAGAUUGUCCAGGGACAGAGUAGACAGUGUGAAUGGCAGCUUCUAAAAUGCUUUGGUCUCAUCUGGCAUGCGAUAACAGUUUUUUCUAUAGCUCUGACAAAUUUUGCCCUUGGGUAUUUCUUAUCUGUAGUAAUCACUCCAGUCUACCUUCUGAUCAGACCACAAAAGAGAAGAUUCUUUACUAUUUUACAGGCACUUUUGCUGCUUUGUUUGUGUCCGCCAUUUUUGCUUUAUUUUGGACUUUUAACAUACUGCUCAUUUGUAGAAAAAUUUGUGAGUGUAGGGAAUCUGCUAGUCUCGGCAUUCAGCCUUUGGCAAGAGGGACUCUUAGCCGUUGUUACUGAUAGUUACCUACAUAGUGGCUGGAGUUUAGGACUAGCAGCUUUGGUUAUAUUUCCAAAUUGGUUCAUUUUCUGGGUUUUAAAUCUCAAAAAAGUUGAAUGAAAUAUGCAAAUGAAAAACCUAAGUACAAUCAAUAAGAUUUUGCAAUUGUCAAAGGAUGCCUAUCAAUGUCAUUAAGAGUACUAAUUAUGUAGCGUGAACAUUAUAGAGUAUUUUUCAUUGACACUAUGUAACAUUUAUGUAGUUUCGUAAUUGGUCUCUAAUUUACUGUGUUUAUUUGAAUAAAUGCUACCCUUUGAAUAAAUGCCACCCUCUAGUAAAUGCCGAAGGUUUCUUUCCUUCAAAUAAACGCCCUCCUAAAUGACUGUAAGCAAAUCUAAUGUAAACAAUAUAAUUCUCAACACAUUCUCUUAAUGUUCCACUCCAGUAGAAUUACAUAUUUUCUAACCUGGUUGCAUGAUCACGCAAUAACACAUUUUGACGGUACUUACAAUAUGUGUUGUAGUUCCACAGUGAAAUUAAAAGGCAUUUGUUUGAGUAUGUACAUAUCCAUUUUACACCAAAAAAAAAUUAAAGCCUCCCUCGAAUAACCAUCCCCUCAAAAACCUUUCUAAAAAAUAAGCGGCGUGGGCGUUUAUUCUAAUAAAUUCAGUAAUUGUACAUAAUCAAUUUUUGAAAAAGUUCAGUUUUGACUACAGUACUGAGUAAUUUUUUGAGUUUAGUCAGACUCUCCUAUUUCCAACAGACAUGGAAAAAGGCAGUAAAUAGAAACAGAAGCAUGUAAUAAGCAAGCAUACACUGCCAAAGUUUGACCAAACAUUUUCUAUGGAGUCUGAGAGACAAAAAUUGAUAGUCUAUGUCCAGCUUGUAUAGCUUCUUCAGCGCCUAUAAUUAUUGUAGAUUAAUUUAAAGCUUUGUCCACACUACACUAUCAAGUUUUAUGUGACAUAUACAUUGCUUUGUCCAUAUAUGGUUGUGUUAUGACAUAAUCAUGCUCAGAUAUUUGUAAUUAAGAAAAUACUUAGUGUGGACAGAGUUUUAAAUUUGUUGCCAAACUUUAAUUUUACUAUCAAUAUAUUAGGCGCUUUGUAAAUGAUUAUCAUUGUGAAUAUUAACCCUUUGAAGUCGCGGUCCGUAUAAUAUACGGACCAAUUUACUGUCGCAGGAAACCUGCUCCGUAUUAUAUACGGACUGAUUUUAGUGCGGCUGCCCUCUAUUUAAUGAGUACUUUAGGGGAUUUCCCUAUUGUUGCCGCAACUGGACGUGCAGAAGCAUUCAAAAUGGCCAAAACAGAAGCAAUCAUUCAACGUCAGUGAUGCACUUACCCUUAUUUUAGCGGAUGAUGACAGUGGGGCUUAAUGGGCCUCAGUGACCUUGGCAAAAGUCACUUGGGACUUCAAAGGGUUAAAGCUAAAUUAGUUGAGCCUAGGUAGUUUUCUACUUGCCAAAUAAAUCAUUUUCUGUAUGUGAUUUCAAAAUAAAUGUUGUUUUGAAGAUCAUA